AUGAAUUCAGCCGGAGGCAGCUCGCAGCAGGGCACCGGCACCCGGCCAUCGCUGAGUUCGACGCCAGCGUCAGGGCUGGGCCGCGCGCGACUAGAGCGACCGGGGUGGCGCGGCGGCAAUGACAUUCAGCCGCUCAACAAGUACACGCCGACGCCGACCUCUGGCACGGUGCCACUGCACAGCUCUCAGGACAUUGGAUACACAGACUUUCGGCCAACCAGGCCUGGGCAAAGCGAAGACAUUCUGAACGAGCACACGAUCCGGUACGGAUACACAGACGUGCCGCGCGUCGAGAACGAGUUUGUGUCCCAGCACGAGAUGGUGUACGACCGGCUCAUGGAUACGCGGGUGUUCCAGGACCUGCAGGCAUUCGCGGCGGGAGUCGCCCAGAGGCAGCUGGCAAGAGGCAGCGUGGGCUCACUGGCGCUGCCCAGGCUGCCGAACCGACCCGUAAGGAGCGACGAGCAGAGGGAGGAGUGGCUGAGGAACCUGGCCAACCCACGGCUGCCACUGAAUGUGCUCAUCAACACAAUGCCGUUUGGGCAUCGCGGCGAGAGACUGCUCGAAUCGCUGAAACAGCACAGGGUGCCGCUGCUGCGGGCAGUGUGGGCGAUUCGGCUAACGGGCGUCUACGAGAUGUUUGGCCAGCAGGCGCGCACACUCGACCACGCUGGGCUCAAGGCGCUGGAGCAAUCAUAUACGCUGCAAUGGUCCAAGGCAGUGACGCAAUUCCUGGAACACACGCUGAGCGCAGCUCCGACCGGCGACCACGAUGCAGCGCAGGUGAAGAAGUGGUCUCAGGACUGGACGUACAGUCUGUCACUGCUCCAUGUCCAGGCCGACCAAGGGCUGAUGGACCAGCGGCAUCUGGUGAGCUGGCUGGCGAGCCAGUUCCGGCAACUGCCGGUCGACAAGUGCAUGCUGGUGCUGCCUGUGAUCAAGGACUAUGUGCCCGAGAUAAGCAAGUCGCGCACGCCGCUGCGCAAGCUGAUCCAAGCUGUGGCAUUCCGCGUCGAGCAGGCACAGCGAUACCCGUCUUUGGCGCAAUUCGGCAAGACUGUCUGUGGCUUCCUGGUCGAGCUGUUCGAAAAGUUCCCUGAUGCAUUUGUGGAGCCGACGACAUGGUGGGACGGGUACCGCACGCCGCUGUAUGUUGCAUGCGAUAAAUGCGAUCGUGUGGAUCGCAGGAGGAUGAAGCAGAUGCUGGCACAUGUCGACGAGCGCAAUGCAAAAUUCUCGAGCCUGGCGCCGCUGACAGUGGUCACUGCAAAAGAUGGCACAGGUUGCGAGGUGGGCGGAUCGGCUCAGAUACUGCAGGUAUUGAACGAGAUCACCAUCGACAUAGGCGUCAGCACUGUGUUCAGCUCGGUGUUUGAGGGCGCCAAAGCAGCUUCUGAAGUCAUUGAUGCGCACAAGAUCCGGAUCAUCUGCUACUGGGCCGUUGACAGCAGCAUUUCGUCUACUGCAACGCAGUUCCGCACCAUGUUCGGCACACGGCUCAUCCAGCUGCACAAGGAACAGCUCCCCCCUGACACGCCCACGUCUGCGCUGCAAUCGGCCAUUGUCAGCUUCCUCGACAUAUUCACACCCCCCGAUCCCCACGCCGACAAUGAGCGCUACGUCUGGCGCGUCUGUUUACUGCUUGAGCGCCUCUCAUACGCAAACUGCUUCUCAGUACCCAAAUACCUGCAGCUGCUGACGGCCCGUGGGGACUUUUUCGGAGCCAAUGUUACUACCGUCAAGUCGCAGCGACAUUUGGCGUACGCUAAAGGGCUAGCAGUCGGAUCUCCGGCAGACGAUGAGCAGCGGCAGAUGCUGCUGUACGGAUUCGACAUGGACCUGGAGCGGGCAGCACAGAAUGAGAGCGAUGGGGCUGUGUGUGCGAGUCUGCGGCGCGAGAUCUCCCGUAUUCUGCCGUUCCUUGUUGCGUACACGUGUGCUACGCCGCUGCGUGCAAAGGCCAAUGGCAAGGAGCCCACGAUUGAUGCGGCCUUAGCAAUGUGGUGGCGGGGAUCUGGCCCGAGCUCCAGCAUCCUGGACCCACAGAACCUGCCAACGCCCGAGCAGCUUGCUGGCGUAUCGCUUUCAGCUCCGUCGUCGCGUGCUUCCUGCGUCAAAGACUGGAUUUCGCCACUGUCCGACCACAUUUCCGACGAGUCCCUGCUGGGCCAGGACAUUUCAGCCGAGUGCCUCGGGCUGCUGAGCAAGAGCUCGCGCAACAUUCUCGACAUGGUCGUGCACCAGCGGCUGAUGCCGAUAGUCUACGAUUUUGUGGUCAAGGACAUCAAGGUUGGGGUCGACAACUGGCGCGUCAUCACUCAGCCGGGCACCUCCCUGCUUAAUGCACGCCAGACUGCUGCCAUUAUCCGGGUGCUGAGUGUUUCUGGGAUGUUUGCGCAUAUGCUGGACUUUUUGCUCUGGCUGAUCAGCCAUUCGAAGGCAACACCCGUGCUGGCUACUGUUCACACAGCGCUGGUGCGCUUCACCGACGCCUGGCGGUUGCUGGGCAGGCUGACGGAGGCUGCAAUCGCUGUUGGCAAUAUCUAUACCGAGAACUCGUCAUCAUCGUCAGUCGACUUGGAGUCCUUCAAGACCCUGUCGUACUGGAGCACUGUUGACCCGGCGGAUACACAAAUCUCGGCCCUCGCACAAAAGGCGCACAGCGACCACGAUGCCUACGUCGACAUGCAGACGCAAUCGCUGCUACUACCUUCUCACGCUGCCGGCCCUGUCCACACCGACAAGGAGUUGAUGCAGCUGGCGCAGCGGGUCGUGUCUGAGCGGCAGCGCGAAAACGCACAGUCGUCAGACGAGACCGACUGGACAGUGACCCAGUGCUUUGACAAGCUGAGUCGCUGGGCCGCGAGCCAAAUGGCCAAAUCCGACUUUGGCAGUCCGCCUGGACUGCAGCCAAACGGCGUGAUCAGCUCGCCAGUGAUGGGCAGCAAGUCGCGGUCGGCAAAGCUGGAGAGCGAGAAUGCACUGAUGGAGUGUUUUUUGGACCUGGCCGCGCAGUACGUUGGGUGGUUCUCAGAUAACUCUGGCCUGCUUGUCACCCCGCACACGACCAGCCAGCUGCUGCUCACCGCGCUAUCUACCGCCAUUAAUGCGUGGCCAAUUGCGCGGAAUAGCGCUGCUGCGCAUGUGGCAGUGCCGGUUUCGUCGACUGCAGGAGGCAGUCCAGCUGUACAGCCCACUGAGUCACCAUCUCCAUCUCCGCUGUUUGCUGUGGCCGAUAUCGAUCGUGCCAUGCUCGUUACUUCAGCGUGGGUGACGAAGCUGCUGGCCAGCGGGUGUCUGAGAAUCAGCUACUUGGUCCCCUGGCUGAUCGAGGAACUGCGCAGUGACGUGCUGCAGACACCUGCUGCCAAAUAUGCGUGCUUGGCAGGCAUUGUCAACACAUUGAGUGUCUCGCCAGACCAGAUAAUUCUGCACAGACCGCCACUGGUCCGCGCCGAUUCCCGCGCCGGCAGUCUCCAGACCAGUGCCCAGCACCCUGCCCACCGCCUGACCGACCGUCUUAUAAUCGACAGCUGCUGGGACUCGACGCUGAUUGCCAACAAGGUGAGCCGGAUCCAGACGGUGGAGCUUGUGUUCACCUGCGCAUCGACAGGCGGCCAGCUGCGGGACUCUGGAAUGCCACAACUCGAAACAAUCUUGGUCCACGCAGCCACAGAGUUGGCGCAGUCUGUGUGGGUGCAGAUGUUUAUCGACUUCAUACCCCUAUCUCAGCAGGACGCCAGCAGCAAGACGGUGCGUGGUCAGCACUACAACAUGUUGGAGAUCUACCGCGCCAACAUCGAGGUGCAAAUCCGCAGCCCAGCCGUAUCACUGCCGGUGAAACGUGCGGUUCUGCGGUCACUGCUGACGCUCUGUGAGGGAAACGACCCGGCGAGCGAGGGAUUUUCAGCAAUGACCACACCUGAGGUGGCUCUGCGCCUGCGCGAGACCCUGAACCGGUUCUGGUUUGGGCCGGCAGCGCGCGGCAAGGCUACGCCAGCAGCAUUCAAGUGCGCGACAAUCUUGAAUUCCCUCAUGCUGUUUUCAGCCACAGCCUUGCAGGAAACCGAGGCAACCACCGAUGCAUUUGCUGUAGCUGCUGGGGCAGCCACCAUGGCCUCAGCUGCGCACUCAGCUAGUGAGCCUGCCAAUGCACUGCAGGAUAUUGACACCCUCUCGCAGACACUGGGCCGUGGCAGCGGGCAGGUGCAAUUUGUCACCAACCCGACUACAUUCCUGGCCAGCUGCGUGCUGGAGGCUGUGUUCAGCUGGGGAACACCCGGCCGCGACGCGAAAAACAUGGAUAGCAAGAGGUACGCGAGUUUGGCCGAAGUUCUGUCGACCCUAGAUCCCACCACUCUACUGCAACAGACUGAGGCGUGUUGGGCCACGCUGUUCAGACUGAACACGCCACUGCUGCGUGCGACCAGCGAUCAAACAGGACCGCACAGCAGCGAGGGCUCGCCGAUCCAGAGAUCCCGCAGCAACCAACAGGACCAGUCGCCCAGCGCAAAGGCUGCAUUGGCGAUUAUUCGGUCCGUGCAGCAGAGCGUGCCGACCUUGACCAGCCCUGAUGCAUUUGGUGACAUCGAUGGACAGCUGAUGCUGACGCUCGCUACGCAUGCCGAGAAACAGGGCAGCAGGAAGGAAGGCGCGCCAGUUGAUUCAGCAUUUGCGCCGGGCACGCUGCUGUCAAGCGUAAGGGCAAUUGCGUGCGGGCUGAUCGGCCAGCUACAGGCCAUCUCUGCACACGCGAGCUCUGACGUUGCCUCCACGCUCCACCAGCGGCAAGUACCCCCAAGCCGCCUGACAACGCCGCCUGCGCAGCCGCAGGAUACUGAGAAGCUCCAGCCCGUCGAUCCACAGCGUCUGUGUCUGGCGAUCCGCUGGCGUCUACAGGCAUUGCAGCCCAUGUGCGGGCUGAUGCGCGCGCACCCGGAGGAAUUCGCCGCCGACGAAUGGCUAAUGACGCUAGUGACAUUGUGCCUGUCGCCGCUGUGCCAGAGCGCGGCCAACGGACGCGACAGCCGGUUUCUACCAGGCAUCACAGCGGCCAUGCGCAAGCGCUCUCUGGUGCUGCUGCGCCGCGUUGCGCCUCUGCCGUCUCCUGCACAUACUCCUGGCCUCGAUAACCCGUGGAUCUGGGUCGAGGCACUCGAGUUUACGCCGCUGUCAAAUCUAUCGCCUGCCACGCCCAUCAACAUGGGGCUGGAGGGCAUGACCCCGUUUACAUUGCGGGGUGCUUUGGAGGCGGAAGAGGCAAAAAAGGGCGUGAAGCGCCCGGCUGAUGCAGCGAACCGAAUGCAAUUCCUGGACAACCCGUACUACCCGAAGCAGCCAGCGUUCAUGGCUCCGUUAGCAGAUACGCCCAUUCCGUGGCAGACACGGCUGGUGUGGCGGAACCAGUGCCAGCAGGCAUUUGGCGAGAACGGAGCCUGA